GUGUCCCUAUACAGUUAGUUGAUUCAAACCGUAGCUACAUGACACAGACGCAUUUGAGAGAUUUUUCUGUGUAAGAAUGGGAUGUGGCAGCUCCAAAAUCAUGGUGGUCAGACCAGCGGACCACAGCGGAUGUGAGGACAGCUCUGGAAAGCCGUUUUCCCGGGGCGACUCGGCCACGUCCAAGCACACCACUGACAGCGGCGUGGGCCUGGAGGCUGGCGAGGGCCCGGCACCUCUCCACAGGACACUGCCGUCUCUGUCCCCGCUGACCGCCCCCAGCUCUGGCUCCGCCCCCACAGAGAGACAGGCUUCCAGUGACAUCAUCGAGCAGCUGCGGAAUCAGGGUAUCCUCCUGGCCCCACCCACUGUGGGAGGAGCCGGGGAGGCCUACAGUGUGAUGAUUGACAGCUCAGACAGGGUUCUACAGAAGCCUCCGGCACGCCUGCAGUCCCUCAGCACCAAGGAGCAAACGACCACCAGCCUGGAGACCAUCGAUAACAAGAUGAAGAGCGUGGAGGAGAGACGCAAGGUGAAGGAGGCGGAUCUAAAGCAGCGGCUGAGGUCAGCUCGUCUCCGUGGCAACAUGAAGCUGCAGGAAGAGGAAGAGGAAGGUGGAGCCCCUGACAUGCAGGGGGCGGGGAUAGAGACAGACUCCACCUUCAUAAAGGCCAUGCCCCCGAAUGAGGAGUUUUAG